AUGUAUCCUCCACAGUCUCUGGUCUUGAAUUCAUUGAAUGACGAAACCCCACCAACCAGUCCGUUGCAUAGCGGAAAGUCUAGUCCAAUUCUCCAGAAGGUCGAUUAUGCCGAAGCUUUCACUCGUGUCUACCAUGAUAGCCCCCAAAGCUCUUCUCCACCCAGCAGCCUUCAUGCCUUGUCGUCCCCAGCAUCUGUCACUUCCUUUAGGUACCAUAACUUCGGACAUGGUGAUGUCAGUCCACCUACUGCAAAAAGGCGGGGUGGAAUGUGUCAUUCAAAACAGAUUUCACUGUCCAGCUACCACCCUUAUGUCCGGAAAACCCCCCCCACUCCGCAGGCUGAGCGCAAGAUGACUAGGGUAAUGGGCAGAUUGACUGGCAAUGUUGAUUCAGACCUUGACGAUGAUGCGACUUGCAAAAUAUUCUCUCAGGGCUUGCAGCGGUUGUCGUCUGAAGGUAUUCGCCGUGUUGCUUAUUACAAGGAAGCAGAGCUCGAGCACCACCGGCAUCUUUCAAUGGCUUUGGCCUGGGAGGCAGAGAAACUCUCAAGGCUCAGACAUUUUAUCAAUUUUGAACAACAGGAGCGGGAGGAACAAACCACUCGGGCAUUUGAGGAGGCAGCGCUCUUUGCAAGUAUGGUGACUGAUCGUGAUGCAGAGCGUGCCUCUCAGGAUCUGGAGUCCAUCACUUCAAUCCAACAGGAAGAGGCGACAAGGGUCAAGCAGUUGAAUGAUGAGCUCGAUGAGCUCGAUAUAUUCCUUCCUUCGGAUGUUCCAGCUUCAGACCUCAACACUGCUGACACACACUCCAUCGGAGGUCCUUGCGAUUUUGCAUUUGUCGGAGAUUGCCACGAGGAUGAGCUGGCAUCAGGACCGAAGUGA